UGAUAACCUCGCGUCACGGGAUCCCCUCCGGACGCUGUACACCGGGCAUCAUGUCCAAGAAGACCCUGGGUCGAACGUCGGGCUCGCUCAAUGCCCCCAUAGCCGCCUUCACCAUGGCCAUCCUCCUCACUACCUACUGCGUCACCUCCAUCAACAGUGCACGUCGUGAAGCCCAGGUCUCCGCGGCGAAUCCUACCCCGACAUCCCGUCCGAGAGCUCCGACGGACAGGAACGACCAGCCUGCCUGGGUUCGCCAGGCUCUCGAAGAAAGUCGAGAGUCCGAGCAAAGAAAAGGCUCUUAAACCGAGAUGCAGGUAUAUCCUUUUGGAACUUACUAUGUUCGACUUGUAACUACUCAACUACUGCGAUGAGCAUGCAUCUGUGGAGUUUGUUUUUUUGGAGCCUUGGUAUUGCGACAAAUCGUGUCAAGAAUUCUAUUAUCAUGUCUACUACCUAGCAACAGAGCGGAAUGUGUUCCUCCGUCAGGAAUCCCGGAGACC